AUGGACUCUACAGUGGUAAAGCCGCGCAGCCUGGGGGAUGCCCUGACCAUGCUUGCACUCCUCGCUGGGCUGCUCGCAAUAAGCACUCUGAUUUCUACCAUAGUCUAUCGGCUAUACUUCCAUCCCCUGGCGAAGUUCCCAGGUCCGAAACUGAACGCAAUCAGCUCGCUCCCUGGGAUCUACUCCUUGCUGAGGGGUCGUCUACCACUUGAGAAUAAGAAACUCCAUGAAAAGUAUGGAUCUGUUGUUCGGGUCUCACCAAAUGAGUUGGCGUUCAACUCUGCCCAAGCUUGGGAAGACAUCUACGGACACCGGCAGGGUCGACCCAAUAUGCACAAAGAUCCGAUUCACGUUGGUUCUGUCGAUCCAUUGCCAGGUGCAUCAACCCUCACGAUGUCCGAUGACUUGAAUCACGCCCGCCAAAGGCGAGCACUCGCACACUCGUUUUCCACAAAGGCUUUGAUGGAACAAGAACCUAUUAUCCAAGGCUACGUCGAUAUUCUGAUCCAGAACCUCAACAGAAUGGCCAAGAAUGAGGACGAAUUCAAUAUGGUUAAUUGGCUGAAUUUCACCACAUUUGACAUCAUUGGCGAUCUGGCCUUUGGAGAGCCUUUUGGUUGUCUCGCUAAGGGUGCAUUCCAUGACUGGGUGGCCUUGAUCUAUGAAACCGUCAAGGUGGGAGCUUUAGAGCAGGCAACUCGCCGUUUUGCCACUGUCGGGUCCUGGGCUCAGUCCAUGCUCGUGAAUUUGAUCCCAAAUCAUGUUCGGCAGCGGCGACGGAACCACCUGAUAUUCAGCAAGGAAAAGGUCACCCGCAGAUUAGAAAAUAAAGACACUGAUCACAGAGAUUUCAUCUGGUACAUCCUCAAGCAAAGAGAGAAGUUCGACUUGCAUGACAACGAGAUCAUCCUCAACUCAGCACUGUUCAUCGUUGCUGGAAGCGAAACUACGGCCAAUCUGUUAUCUGGCUUGAUCGCAAGACUCCUUUGGAACAAGAACAAGUACGACAAAUUGGUCCAUGAGAUCCGCAGUCGCUUCAAGAAAGAAGACGAAAUCAACUAUGAGGAGACGAGCAAACUUGAAUAUCUUAAUGCUUGCUUAGAAGAAGGCCUUCGGAUUCACCCUCCCGUUCCAACUGGCCUUCUGCGAACCGUUCCCAAAGGAGGAGAUUUUAUCGACGGACACUGGGUCGCCGGGGGAACUUCUGUUGCAGUCAGCUCCUGGGCUGCUGCACAUAACCCGGUGAAUUUCAAGGAUCCUGACUCAUUCAUCCCUGAGCGAUGGAUUGGCUCAGAAUAUGCGUCAGACCUCAAGAAAGCCGCGCAGCCGUUUUCGUUAGGUCCUCGUGGGUGCAUCGGGCGCAAUCUCUCGUACAUGGAAAUGAGAUUGAUCCUGACCAGAAUUUUAUGGAAUUUUGAUCUCAUCAGCACGGAUGGCGCGUGGCAAUGGGAUCCAGAGGGUGAAAUGAAGAACAUGAGGGCUUUCAUGACUUGGGAGAAGCCCGACUUGAAUUGCAAAGUUGUCAAGGUCGAAAGAUAG